ACUUCUGUUUGGUUUCAAGAAAGCGAAGGAAGAAGAGUAAAAAUGGCAGGACGAUUGAGUAACGUAGCGUCAAAGAUCAUGGGCGGAAACGGCAUCGUUUCGCGCUCAGCUGCUUCCUCUCUCCGCCUUCGUUCCGGCAUGGGUCUCCCUGUUGGCAAACACAUCGUGCCGGACAAGCCUCUUCCGGUUAAUGACGAGCUAAUUUGGGACAAUGGAACCGCCUUCCCAGAACCUUGCAUAGAUCGAAUCGCUGAUACUGUCGGAAAGUACGAGGCAUUGGCUUGGAUGUGUGGAGGUUUGAGCUUCUUUGCAUCGUUGGGAAUAUUAGCUUGGUGGAAUGAUAAAGCCUCUAAAAUUCCAUUUGCACCUAAGGUUUAUCCAUAUGACAACCUACGGGUGGAGCUUGGUGGAGAACCAUAGGUUGACUCGUACGAGAAAGUCGUAUGGUGUCGUUGUGUUCUUUCAUGUGUUUCAUUUACUUUUGGAACCCAGCGAUAAAAUAAUGUAAACUUGUGGGCUUUUUGCUGAAACAAACAUUUUGAACAAAUGUGCAUGGCCACUUCAUCAUGUCGUCUUGGGAGACAUGAGAUUAUGAUGUUCGUAAAGAUCAUCCGUAUAGUUGUACUUAAAUUUUCACCAAGCAGAACAGUUUGCC